CAUUAUUUUGUUGUUCUGUAUCUGAUUUGAAGAGUUUUCUUUCUAAAUGGGGGUUUUGGGAGCGCUGGUGAAACACCCAGGUGAUUUUUAUCCAUUGUUGAAGCUGAAAAUGGCUGCGAGGCAUGCCGAGAAACAGAUCCCAUCAGAGCCACACUGGGCUUUCUGUUUCUCCAUGCUUCACAAAGUUUCUCGUAGUUUUGCUCUCGUUAUUCAACAGCUUGACACCAAGCUCAGAAACGCCGUCUGCAUAUUUUAUUUGGUUCUUCGAGCCCUUGACACUGUUGAGGAUGACACUAGCGUAGCAACAGAUGUCAAAGUUCCUAUUCUCACAGAUUUUUAUCGUCACAUAUAUAAACAUGACUGGCACUUUUCAUGUGGUACAAAGGAAUACAAAGUUCUCAUGGACCAGUUUCAUCUUGUGUCUGCUGCUUUUCUGGAACUUGAAAAAGGUUAUCAGGAGGCAAUUGAGGACAUUACACUAAGAAUGGGUGCAGGGAUGGCAAAAUUUAUUUGCAAGGAGGUAGAAACAGUUGAUGACUAUGAUGAAUAUUGUCACUAUGUAGCUGGACUUGUUGGAUUAGGUCUGUCCAAAAUUUUCCAUGCCUAUGGGUCAGAAGAUUUGACUCCAGAUUCUAUCUCCAAUUCAAUGGGUUUAUUUCUUCAGAAAACAAAUAUUAUCCGAGAUUAUCUAGAGGAUAUUAAUGAGAUACCAAAGUCACGCAUGUUUUGGCCUCACCAGAUUUGGAGUAAAUAUGUGAACAAUCUUGAGGACUUGAAAGACGAGGAAAACUCAGUCAAGGCAGUGCAGUGCUUGAAUGACAUGGUUACUAAUGCUUUGCUGCAUGUGGAUGAUUGCCUGAAGUACAUGUCUGCUUUACGUGACCCUGCAAUAUUUCGAUUUUGUGCUAUCCCUCAGAUCAUGGCUAUUGGAACACUAUUCUUAUGCUACAACAACAUUGAAGUCUUCAGAGGUGUGGUGAAAAUGAGGCGUGGUCUCACUGCACAAGUCAUUGACCAAACAAACUCAAUGGCUGAUGUCUAUGGUGCUUUCUAUGAUUUUUCUUGUAUGUUGAAAGCCAAGGUUGACAGUAAUGAUCCUAAUGCACAAAAGACAUCGAGCAGACUAGAUUCAAUCCUGAAGAGAUGCAGGGACUCAGGAGUCCUGAACAAAAGGAAAUCUUACAUAAUUCAGAAUCAGUCCAAUUACACUCCAUUUCUGGCUGUCAUACUCUUCAUUAUAUUGGCCAUCAUGUUGGCUAACAUGAGUCCCAACUGGCCAAAUAACUAGACCAUCGUUUUAUCCUAUCACGUGUUGUCUCAAGAAGUUGUUUUCCUAUGUUUAUAUACCAAGUUAUGAAGCUAUACUUAACUGUACGUCUGAUGUUAUUCCUGGUUUCCAUAAGCUAUGACGCUGUUGGAUCUCCAUCGUUGGAAAGGAAACCAAGCGAGUUUUCUACAAGAGAAGAGGCGAAAUAAUGUAUCAAAAAGAAUAAAAGAAAUGGAAUAAAUCCAUGUUCUAAAUUUUUCCUUU